UUUUUUUUUUUCAUUGUGUGUAAAAAAAAUACUCCUAUUGCAAUAUAAACUUAAUUAUGCGUCUUUAUGCCAUUCCUAUAGUCAAGAACCGUUGGGCCUAUUACUGUCAUUCCACCAUUCCUUCGAUUUCUCGACUGACAAAGGCGGUUGAUUGGUCCAGUCAGAAAUGGGAUGCACUUGGUCAAGCAAAAGCAGACAGUUGGAAAAAGAAAUUACACGACCGUGGAACCAAUGUCAUGAAUCAACUCGACUAUCAAGAAUGGUUCUUCAAGAGUGUACCCGGUAAAAGCGAAAUGGAGCAAGCUCUUGACAAGGUCAUAAUUCACCACCCUUCAGUGCUAAAGGGAGAGGUAUUGGAUUCAGAACUAAAGGACUUGUUAAAAAAGCGAGUGCCGUAUCAUAAAAAGUACAUGUAUUAUUCUGCAUAUUGGGUACCAGUGACGUGUACGUUUGUCAUUGUGCCUCUUGUUCCCAAUAUACCUCUAGCCUAUAACCUGUUUCGACUGUACAGCCACUACAAGGCAUACAAAGGCGCAGAGCAUUUACAGAGCCUUUCGGACGGUGGCCAACUUCAAUUUACACCCAAUGAGGCGAUUGACGGUGUUUUAACCAAUAUUUGUUUCGCUGCAGAACAGGAUAUUAAAUUCCCUAACGCAAUCGAACAAGCAUUUCAACAAUCGCCAAACAAACCCGAUUUGUUGUCAUUACAACAGGAUAUCCCUGGUGUCUUGACUGAGUCUCAUAUCAAGCAAUUGGUCGAACGCUUGCAAGUACCUGGUUUGGAAAUGGAAUUAAAUAGAGCUCGUUUUCAAAUAUUAAAAGAUAUUGCCACUCAACGCUUUAGAAACUAAAAUAAAAAAAUAAAUGACUCACAUGUCAAAAUAGAG